AUGGCUCAGAGAGUUUUCUGGGGAUGUUUGAUUGUGGUUGCUACCGUACUUCUGACCCGGCAUGUUUACGUGCUCGGAACUAAUGUCACCCACAGUAAUGUGGAGCUGAUUGUAGAUAACCCCAACUACAGCCUAGAGAAUGCAGACUUCCCAGCUGUCACAAUCUGUUCCAACAGCAAGGUGAUGCGUUCAAAACUGUUCCAGUAUUUGAAGGGCAUAAGGAAGGAUAUGCCCUCAAAUGAAAAAGAAAGGUUUAUUCACUCAGUGUUAGCAAUGGAUCUGAUGAAAUACCCCUUUCUCCAUCACCCAAAUCUCUAUAUGGAGCGUUUCAACAACAAUCUCCGCUAUAUUCCCAAUGAAGAAAUAUUCGACUUGUUUUUGACAGUCCGGCCCAAUAUUAAUGAAAUGAUCUCAAACUGCAAAUGGAGAGGAAGAAUGAUCAAAUGCCGGCAACUUUUCCGUAAGCAAAUGACCGAGGAAGGAUUUUGUUACUCUUUCAAUAGCAGAACUGCUGACAGAAGCUCAGAUGAUUUACCUAGGGUCCCUCCUGAGGAGAAAUCUGACGGAACUUUAGAAUGUCUUCGCAAUAAUGCUGCUGGAAGAGACAGUGGCCUCUCUUUUGCUCUGAAAUCACUUGACACUGAAAUAUUCAAAACGAAUCUGCAAACCAGAGGAUAUUCAAUCAUGGUGCACAACCCUAAUUCUUAUCCUGAAGUUUCUCACAAGUAUUUAGUUUUCUGGAAAAACUUUACAGUUUCACGGAUUAGUGUUCUGGUAAAUAUGGUCAGAACGGAUGAAACGUUUGCGAGAAUUGCAGAAUCUGCUCGUGGAUGUAAUAUGUCUAUCACAGACCCCUAUAUAUGUAUGUUGAGAUGUCGUCAAAGAGAAAUCUAUCGCCAAUGUGGCUGUUUGCCAUAUUACAUGUACCAUUUCAACCGAUAUGCUGAAACAUGCGGAAUUCAGCAUUUUAAAUGCUUGGAUAUUAAUAAUAAACGCUUUAGGAAUGCUCGAGUUGAUGGUGAACAUUUCAAUAUACCUGCCUGGACUGCUCCCAUGUUUAUGAGCUGUAAGUGCGAGAGACCUUGCUCAGAUACUACGUACACCACAGAAUACUCCUUCAUUCCAAGUGAAGAAGUCACUGGAGAUAUUACUCCAACAGGCCGCAACAAGGAGCCCUCUCAGCCGCGUCGCAGCCCUGUAUGUCCCAUUUUGCGCCGUAAACCCAAUGCCGCAAAACCAACUUAA